AUGACAGAGGUGUACAAGGAGGAGACGCUGGUGUCAAGCUACCCAGCCUCGCCAAGGCCGCGGCGGCAACCCAUGGCGUCGCUCUCAACCAACCAGCGCUCGUACUCGAGGAUGAGCUCGAAGGGAAUCUUUGGUGAUGAGUCGCCGCUGCUGCUUUCGCCGCUUCCAAAGUACCCGAACCGCCGCCGGAGCAUCACGUUUGCCGACGAGACCGAGGCAACAGUGCGGGAGGAGCGACCACAUUACACAGUGUCUGAGGCCAGCAAUACGCCAGGUGGAACUCCGUCGGAAAGUCCUUCUAGGCGACCCAUUAUAAAACCGGCGUCGAGAGCCUUGCCCGGCGCCGAUGCUGCGACCUCCGCCGUUGACGCGAGCCAGCGCCAUGACACCACGACGCAUGCGCCGGUAGUAUUCGCGAGGUCCCCGACACCAAAGCGAGGACGUUCCAACAGUCGACAGCGUCGGAACGCGCGUCGACAGCAGGCUGAGCUGCACCACGGUUUUUAUGAUGAUAGCUUUGUAGAGGAGUACGUUCUCAAGGCGAAGCAGGAGAUUGCGGGGGAGGAAGAAGAGAGGCGGGUGGAGGAAAAAUUGAGGCAGCAGGAAAAGGAGCGCGCGGCGGCCGAGAUGAGGGCGGCUCAGGCAACCGUCAAGAUAAACGCGCUGCAGCAAGCCAAGGAGUACCUUCUUGCCACGGCGAAUGCUCGGUGUGUGUCUCCGGCGUGCUCAAGCGUUGAGCCCCGGGAGAGCGGCACUGCCGCGCGGCCGCGCCAUCACGCCUCGAAGCGGGAGCUCGAUCUUAUUCAGCAACUGGACGAUGAGAUAGAGGCUGCGGAGGAGAUCGCACAGCGGCGGCGGCAGCGGCCACCUGCGCCUGUCAAGCAUUCCAUGCCGUUAGUGACGCAGCUGGACGAGGCGGAGGAGACGGGCUUGCAUAAGCGUCUUCGGCAAUCCACCUCGAAAAAGGGCGGUCGCUCCCAACCUGUGCAAGUAAAUGGCCAGAUCGACACUGACGAGGACGGCGAUCCGGCGGAGGAGAAAAACCGCAUGAAUAAACUGAAGCGGGCCAAGCUAGAACGCAUCGUCGCUCGUGUGAUUGAGCAGCAGGCAAAGCGGCGUCAUGGAAAACGCAGCGUGGUGGUCAUUGACUGGGACGGCGCCGAGUCAGACGAGCUCCUCUCGGACGACGCUGAGGGGGAGCGAGGGAGGAGGGAAAGCGAGGACGCAGCGGCGUCGCAGACGCGCGUGGUGGCACGGAGCCGCAGGGAGACGGUGUCGAAAAGGCCCAGCGAAGCCGCUCCUACUUUGGCGACUGCACCCUCUGCCGCAUCUACGGCAUUGGGGCAGCAGAAACCAGCUUCGGCUGUCCUCCAUGUAUCGGUGCGUGCGCCUUCAACGCGAAAAAGAAAUGCCACCAGCGCGAGCCUUGCGCCAGAGUUGGGGGAGGACUCGCUUCUGCUGGAAGAGGACCAGCCGGUCCUGCUCCGCCGUCCCACGGCCAGGCGGCGCGUGCCGACUCGCUCCAUCUCGUGCGUGUCUACUGAGGCGGGGGAUGACGCUGUGUUUGAGCCAGCGGUGGAUGUCUCGCGCAAACCACCGCGGCGGGCUCCCGCCCCGAAGGCGACGCGACGGGGCCGCAAGCCACCGGCUUCUGCGACGGUGCCGGCCCUGGCGCCCCAUCUUCCGCCUUCCUCUGUUUCGCCUUCGCUGGCUGCGGUACACGGUUCCCGCAGCUUCGCAUCCGCCCGACAGGGCUCGCCUGGGAACAUCGAGCCGAUGGCAGCUCCGCUGCCGCAGCCCGUCACUUCACGCCGUCGCGGCCGCACCGCGUCGGCAGCUGCGAGGCCACCGGCACCGGCGUUUCCAUCCGAUGACCCGAUGGCUGUGUUCUUCGGCGCGAGCUUCCCCAGCCCCUCCAAGUUUGAGGAAAUGGUGUUGGCUGCGGGUGGUAUCCCGGACACGCGAAGGGUGGGGCGCGGGCAGCCCAGACAACCGGCACUUGUUCUGCCUGACUCCAUUUCGCGCCGUCGUUGA